GCAAACCGGCCAAACUGCCUCCCAGCUCUCUACUGAACUCGGCCAGUAAAAGACUUGCUUUCUGAGGGGGGAACCACCAUUUCCCAAAAUGGAAAGGUUCCUGGAUUUGAGCCUUAGCCACUGUUUGGCGACGUUGUUCCUGUCGGCAUACCUGAGCCCCCUGACCUUUGCCCAGCAUGAACACUGGCCAUACGAUCCCCACAAGCAGCAGCAGCCUCCAGCAAACACCCCCAAGAUCCAGCUGCGAUUGGCGGGGCUGAAGAGGAAGCACAACGAAGGCCGGGUGGAGGUCUUCUACAAUUCAGAAUGGGGCACCGUCUGCGACGACGAUUUCUCCCUCCACUCCGCCCACGUGGUCUGUAGGGAGUUGGGCUACAUGGGGGCCAUAUCCUGGGUCCCCGGUUCCAAAUACGGCAAGGGAGACGGAAAAAUCUGGCUGGAUAACGUCUACUGUACGGGCAGUGAGGCGACGUUGGCUGCAUGCAACUCAAACGGCUGGGGCGUGUCCGACUGCAAGCAUACCGAGGAUGUGGGUGUGGUCUGCAACGAAAAGAGGAUCCCCGGCUUCAAAUUUGAUGACUCCCUGCUCAACCAAAUCGAGAAUAUGAACAUCCAAGUGGAAGAUGUCCGGAUACGACCCAUCCUUUCCGCCUUCCGCAAGCGCAUCCCCGUCACAGAGGGUUACGUGGAGGUAAAAGAAAGAGGCUCCUGGAAGCAGAUCUGUGACAAAAACUGGAAAGCGCAAAAUUCCCACGUUAUCUGUGGCAUGUUUGGAUUUCCGGCUGAGAAGAAGUACAACGCCAAAGUCUACAAGAUGACGGCAAGCAGAAGGAAGCACAGGUAUUGGGCUUAUUCAAUGGACUGCACAGGCGUCGAGGCACACGUCUCCAGCUGCAAACUGGGCAACCGCAUCAGCGCGACGCGUGGGAAUGUCACAUGUGAGAAUGGGAUGCCUGUGGUGGUGAGCUGCAGUCCCGGGCGUGCCUUUGCCCCUAGCAGCAACAGCGGCUUCCGCAAGGCUUUCCAGACAGAGCACCCACUGGUGAGGUUAAAGGGCGGAGCCAAGAUCGGGGAAGGUCGCAUUGAGGUGCUGAUGAAUGGGGAAUGGGGAACUGUUUGUGACGACCAAUGGAACCUCAUUUCAGCCAGCGUCGUCUGCCGGGAGCUGGGCUUCGGAAGCGCCAAGGAGGCUAUUUUGGGUGCACGACUUGGGAAAGGAAUGGGCCCCAUUCAUGUCAAUGAAGCAGACUGCACAGGUACUGAAAAAUCCUUCACAGACUGCAAAUUCAGCAAGCAGUUAAGCAGUUGCACCCAUGAAGAAGAUGCAAGUGUGAAAUGUAAUGUUCCAGCUAUGGGUUUCCAAAAUCAGAUAAGGUUAAGUGGAGGCCGCACACCCUACGAAGGCCGGGUGGAAAUCCUCCGGGAGCAUAACGGGACACUCAUAUGGGGGACAAUCUGUAGUGACAAGUGGGGCAUAAUGGAAGCCACAGUGGUUUGUCGCCAGUUGGACCUCGGCUAUGCAGAACAUGCUUUUCAGGAGACCUGGUACUGGUAUGGAGAAGUCAGCCCCAACAAUGUUGUCAUGAGCGGGGUGAAAUGUUCGGGGAUAGAGAUGGCCAUCGCACACUGUUCACACAACCAUCAAGUAUCCUGCCCCAAGGGAGGCGGACGCUAUGCAGCUGGCGUUUCCUGCACAGAGACUGCAGCUGAUCUUGUCCUCAAUGCCAAGGAAGUGGAGUACACCUCAUACCUAGAAGACCGCCCCAUGGUCAUGCUUCAGUGCGCCCUUGAGGAGAACUGCCUCGCCUCCUCAGCCAUCAACACAUCCAUUUCCACAGGAUACAGGAGGCUCCUGCGUUUCUCCUCCCAGAUCCACAACAACGGGCAGGCUGACUUCCGCCCCAGGAGCGGGCGCCAUGCCUGGAUUUGGCAUGACUGUCACAGGCAUUACCACAGCAUGGAGGUGUUCACACAUUACGAUCUGCUAAACCUCAACGGAACCAAAGUAGCUGAAGGACACAAAGCUAGCUUUUGCCUGGAAGAUAGCGAAUGUGUCGAUGGUGUCGAGAAGCAGUAUGGGUGUGCCAAUUUUGGGGAGCAAGGCAUCACCGUCGGAUGCUUUGAUGUCUACCGGCACGAUAUUGAUUGCCAAUGGAUUGACAUUACAGAUCUCAAGCCAGGAGAUUACAUCUUCCAGAUCACUGUCAACCCAAACUUCGAAGUAGCAGAGUCUGAUUAUACCAACAACGUCAUGAAAUGCAAGUGCAAGUAUGAACUCCACCGGGUCUGGAUGUACAACUGCCAUAUAGCCGACUCCAGCAGUGAACCAUGGGAACAGCAGUUUGAAUUCCAUGGACUGAAGGACAACCAGGUGUCUUAACUUCAACCCCACUAUUUAAGGAAGAAGGAACGCCAUUUCCCACAAUUUCCCAAACCACUGCUCAGAAAACAAAAAGCAAUCAAACAACCAUGAAUUUUAACAAUCUGGCUUUGUUAUUUUCAGGGGGGGUGCUCCAUGCCUACUUUACGGUGUUCAGCAGCAGCAGAAAAAGAAAUAGGGUUGGCUCUUAAUUCACAUCCAUUCCAGCAGAAUGAAGGUUUUGCACUAGCCGUAAGACCUCGACGUACGCCCGAACUUAUUCACAAGGAAUUCUUUGCGAGCUUCCGUGCCACCUUUGUUCACCACAACACCCAAGAGGGGGCAGCAGCAGCACCCAGCUGGCAACCUUCCUAAGGAUGUCUGAUGCUGGGGAUUUUUUUUAAGGGAACUCCUUUUAUCGGCCUUCACGUUCUGUCUUGAUAAGAGUUGCAAAUCCGACUCGACGCCACUGAUGCAGAACGGAAGCUUCUCGCGUCAUACGAAGUCUUGAGAACAUGCUAAUUUCCAGUACUGCCACACUCAUCGGUCUUGGCACCAUCCCUUCUCCAAGGGCACCUUUUGACGGAAGGCUUGACACACCACGAUGGGAAAACAUCUAUCAAGCCAUACCCUACAUCUUGCUUUUCGAAGCCACUAGACUGUGAAUUUUUUUCUCUUAAUGUG